CCUGCCACUUCAUUGGAAGGAGAUGUGGGCACCAUGCCCGCAGCGGGAGCUCACAGCCACCGCCGCGUCCAAUCAAGUUAUCGAAGUUGCCUCGCUUUUCGAUGCUCGCAUGACAUCCGUAUCGUCAUCCAAACGCGAAGCGACUUCGUCCAGAUGCACCAUCCCUCCUCGAUGGUACAAACUUACUCGGUUCCUCAUUGGAGUCGCGAUUGCAGCGGUCGCCACCUUGGCCGGGUGCAAGAUCUAUUACAUGCUUGCCCCGUUCCCUCGUGAAGUCGUGUACGAUCCAUCGCUGAACAACGUGACGUUGCCUGUGGAUCGGGUGUCGUCAUUGUGGCGCCUCGACGAGUUUCAGUGCCUCGGGUGGCGUGCCGUCGAAGGAUGCGACCCCACCGGUGCGAGGAAACCUUGGAACGACCGAAACUGCAACCAACCCAUCAAGCGCGGGAUGGCGGGUUUCUGCGAAGUCCGCAACCGCACGAGCGGCGAAGUACUGAGAGUUAUGGCGACGACAUGCCGAGGCAUUGACCAACACCAUGAGUUCACGUGCAACAUGGCGACCGAGUUUACAGAUUUCUCUAUCAAAGCCGUCAAGUACAAGCACAAUGAGCCUCUCGUCGUAUCUCCUUUGACGGACAUGCCAACUCGAGGCAUUGCCAUGUCUAUCUAUACCCCCGUGAUUGCCAGUGCGUAUGCCGUUGUUCGGUCUCUGCGGUCCAUGAAAUGUGCGCUGCCUAUCGAACUGUUCUACCACCCGGGUGAAAUCGACUUGAACAACUCCGUCGUUGCCGAGCUCACGGGAAGGUACAACUGCAUCCUUCGACCGAUCCUGAACAAGGCUGCCAAGAAGUACAAGUCCAAGCCGUACGCCAUCUACCACAGUUCGUUCGACCAAGUACUGUUCCUCGACUCGGAUAACUUUCCCACGCGGGAUCCAACUUACCUAUUUGACCUGCCUGAGUUUCAAGACACUGGAACGUUAUUUUGGCCCGACUUUUGGCAGCCGGAGUACUCGAUCUUCAACUUGAACCCGCAGAGCCUGCUCUGGCAGCUCCUUGACAUGGCACCGAUCAACGAGUUCGAGCAAGAAAGCGGGCAACUGUUGGUCGAUCGCCGCCGUACUGCGUCUGCAUUGGAGAAACUCAUGUUCUACACAAUGGAAGGGCGUAUGCUGGAGAAGCUCGAACUUGUGUGGGGCGACAAGGACUUGUUCCGCCUGGCUUGGCGCAACACGAGCACCCCGGUCCACUUCAUCAGUACGCCACCUGGACUAGGCGGGCGCUACGACCCAAUUGAAGACCGGUUCUGCGGUAUUGCCAUGAUGCAGUUUGAUCCACGCGGCGACCUCGUUUUUAUCCACCGCAACACGUACAAGAUGACGGGCCGUCAGGAACAAGUGCCGCUCCUCACCCAUAUGCAAGUGUUCAACUCGAAUGGCACGACCACUGCUGACUACGCCGUCCACCACACUGGUGCCGGUGUCGGUCUCGGUAUCUGCUGGGCCCUCAAAGACAACGUGCCUAACUCGAUUGUCGCGAUGAAGGACACGUCCGCCGCCAACGUCGAAGUCCAUGCGCUUCACUACGCCAUGGAGGCAGGCAUCACGAUGGGCAUCGAGCCAGAAGUCGUUCACCACAUCAACGCUGGGGCAUGGUGGCAAACGCCGCUGGACUGCCUCGUCUUCCUCAUGCUGUGGGGUGGCGUCGCGGCCAUCUUACUGACAGCGCUCCAUUGGAUCUCGUUCCGAUCUGUCUUUGGGGACAAGAAGCUGCACUGGUUCGACCGGUACGCCGGCAAGAAGCGCAAGCUAUCGGAGUACCCUAUUGUGUAAACUACCUCGACCGAGACCCUCGCGUCCGUCGAUCCUAUUUAAUUCAUGACAUCCACUUUACCACGUCCUGCGCGGCCACGU